AUGGUUUUAGAAUCACUUCAUGGAGGAGUACUGUUCGACGAGGAAAAUAGUGGAAACCUUGGUAAAGACAGAUCCCGAUCCAAUACAGUACUCACUAACGCGCCUGAACAUCAUGCGACAGUGUCUGAUGACAAGUUAAAAGCAGAACUGUCAAGGAGACAACGAGGCGUCUAUUUAAUAAGUUUAUCAUUGGGUUUGAUAUUAGCAUGUAUUAUUAUGUGUAUCUCAAUACCGGUCACAGUGGUGGUUGUCAAAAGUAUUGAAGAUACUCGAUUGCUGAACGUGAGAGCUGGUGUCACGCAGAUUGGUAUUACAGCCUUUUUAACGAUAAAACGACAAAUAGAAUUGUCCAUGAGUAGUUUGAUCUCUAUUGCACAAGUGGUAUAUGCAUGGAAUUAUAAUGUGACAGAUAGUGGGUUUAAUGAGAUGGGUUCACGAUUGAGUGAGCUUUAUCCAGAAUUGGCUCAGUUCGAAUUGGAAUAUGGAUUACGUCUUUCAUAUGUUUAUCCUUAUAAUCCAUCAAUUAUUGGAAAGAUUGUUGGAUCUGAACCAGAACAUUACAAUGCAAUUCAAAGAGCAAUUGCUGACGAAUCAAUUACAAUUUUUGGACCUGUUUGGAUUAAGAGAUUGGCAUCUGCCUCUCUGAUAACUCAAUUUCCAAUAUUCUUUCCGAAUGGCACGUUUUGGGGAUUGUCUUCAUCACUAAUUUCCUUUGACACCUUGUUCAAAAGGAUUGGUCUCUAUAACAUUCUUUCUGGAUAUGAAUAUCAAUUAUAUGACAAUGCACAACAGAGAAUCUUUUUAGAAUCUCGAUUUGGAACGAAUCAAACAGUCAAUGGAAUUACUAACAAUUUGACCAUGAUUACAGAUCCUGUGAUUGUCAAUCAGACUGUUCUCAACAGCGAAUAUCAACUAUUUUUGAAACCUCUCAAAGGUUGGCAACUUGAUGACAUCUUUUGGGUUGAAUUGACAUUCGCUAUUGUAUUGAAUAUUAUAUUGUUCCUAGUGGUGAUUUUGGGUGUUUUCCAAAUUGUUCAAGACUAUUUUAGAAAGCGAGAAUAUCAGGUGAUUCAAAACAAGUUGGAAAUCAAAGUUUCAGAAAGAACUAGAGACUUGGCUCACAGUCACAAUCAAUUGUCUCUCUUAUUGGAUAAAAUUUCUUUAGAAGAACAGAGAACGAGAAAGAUCUUGAACACCAUUGAUGAUGCAGUUGUGACCAUAACUUCUGAAGGUCUAGUCAUUCAUUACAACAACUCAUUCUUGAACAUGUUUUCUCUGAAGGAAAUAGAUAUUAGAAAGGCGGAAAGAACAACAACUACCAUUAAUACGUUAUUACCAAAAAUGAACACAAAAGAAAUUUUCGAAAAGCAUAAUGAAGAUGAUUCCAUUACCAACUUUGAAACUAUUGGAGUGAGCAAGGCAGGAAUUGAGUUUAACAUUCGUAUCUCUGUGAACUUUUGUAAAAUGUUGAAAAGUGAAGUUGUGAAAGGUUCAAGUAUUGUCACCAGUAACGAACAAGAACGAGUGGCUGUCUUACUUAUUCACAGCAAUGCAGACCGAUCUGUGCUCUUGAAGAAUUUGAAAGAAAAAGAAAAGCAAUAUAAUCUGCUUAUCGAGAAAAUGGAAUUUAAAGAAAUGUUUGACAAUCACGAAAGAAGAAAUCAAUUCAAAGAAUUUUGUGCAAAGGAGCACAACGAUGAAUCCAUCUUGUUCUUGGAAGAUGUACAACUCUACAAAUCACUCGUCAACAAUUUACAACAACGAAGCGAGUUGCAACAUGAAAUUUACAACAAAUAUCUUUCUACUUCAGCUCCAAAGCAACUGAAUAUCUCCAGUGAAGAGUUAGAAACGUAUGGAUUUAAGGUAAAGAGUGGUAUUGGUCAAAUUGAUCUUUUUGAUGGCUUAGAAAAAGUGAUUAUCAACAAUAUUAUUUUCGACAGUUUCAAGAGAUGGACGAUGCAGCAACCAAAAGACAAUGCUUCCAGCACAACCGAGUCGUUGACUUCAGAUCAAAAAAUUUCGUUGGCAAGAAUUAAUGGAAUGUAA